AUGCUCCACCUUCAGAGUGACCUGAAUACACUAAUGAAGCCACAAAACACCCCACCAUGUGUGGUUUCCUGGAUGGAUAAACAUUUCCUCACCACCCACCCCCCAACCCAGAGGACUGUCAGAGUCAGACAGGCUAGCCUUUGGGAUGUAGAUUUAGGAUUUUGUCCUGAAGUAGAAAUUCUGGGGAUAGGGGUAAAUUUGGUUUUAUGCAAAAACUGUUCCGUUUCUGCACACUUGCAUAUUUUAGCUUUUCCGUAUCACCGUGUCCUCCUUGGCAACUCACCCUCCCCUUGCGUGAUCGCACGCCUCGUUUGUGCUCAGGAUCCCAUGGCACAAGCAGUCUCUUUCAGCCUCCAGAGCUGGGUGCUAUGCAGGGCCCAGCAUGUGGCUUGCGGAUGUGGCAUCCCCAGGGAGCGACCGGACUCUGCAGGGACAAACUGCUCCGAAGAGGGAACCCAGACCUUUGCAAACAAAGGUGUUUAG